CAAGAGAUUUAGGAACCAGAUUCAUAAAUAUUUUGCCAUGGAUGUCCGAAUAGAAUAAAAUUUCAGUACUUUUAUGUUUAAAAUCAAAUGAGAAUAGUCCAAAAUGCAAGUCGAAGAGGCCAGAUACUUAAAAAGAAAAGUAAAAUUCAGUAGUAUUGAUGUUCAUCCCACAGAGAAAGCUUUGGUAGUGAACUAUGAACUGGAGGCAACAAUACUUGGAGAACUGGGAGAUCCAAUGUUGGGGGAGAGGAAAGAAUGUCAGAAAAUAAUCAGAGUAAAAAGUUUGAAUCCAGGCAGUGAUUUGACGACCUUAGCAAAAGAAAUAAUUGAUAAAUGUAAAUUAAUACAUCCCUCUAAGUUACUGGAAGUAGAGCAGUUACUGUAUUACCUACAGAGUCGGAAAGAUUCAGGACCCCCUAGUAAAGCAUCUGGUAAAACCCAAUUACAAGAGAAUCCUGAAGUACCAACCUAUGAUGCCACAGAGAUAGACGAGGUGGCUAACAUCAAUGAUGUCGAUGAUUACAUGGAGUUACUGUAUGAGGAUGUUCCUGAGAAGAUCCGUGGAUCAGCAUUACUGCUACAGUUAUCUAGAAAUCCUGACAAUCUGGAGGAACUCUUCGCCAAUGAGACUGUAAUUGGUGCAUUGGCUCGAGUGUUACGAGAAGAUUGGAAGAAAAGCACAGAAUUAGCGACUAACAUUAUAUACAUAUUUUUCUGUUUCUCCAGCUUUACACAAUUCCAUGGUGUUAUCAUGCAUUUUAAAAUAGGAGCUUUAUGUAUGAACAUUUUAGAACAUGAAUUAAAAAAAUAUGAUUUAUGGAACGAUGAACUUCAGAAAAAGAAGAAACUUGCAGAAUCAGAGAAAGACAAUGUGAAAGUCAAGGAAGACUAUGAAAAGAGCGUCAAGAAAUAUUCAGAACUGGUAAAGAAACAAGAGCAGCUACUUAGAGUUGCAUUCUACCUGUUACUCAACCUAUCAGAAGAUCUAGCUGUAGAAAUGAAGAUGAAAAACAAGAAUGUGGUCAAAAUGUUGGUGAAAUGUUUAGAGAGAGAUAACUUUGAAUUGUUGAUCUUAGUGGUAUCUUUCUUGAAGAAAUUAAGCAUCUUUAUUGAAAAUAAAAAAGAAAUGUCAAAAGAAAAUGUUAUCAGCAAGUUGACAAAACUGAUUCCUUGUGACCAUGAGGAUUUACUCAACAUUACGUUAAGACUGUUAUUGAAUUUGUCAUUUGAUUCUGAACUUAGGAGUAAAAUAGUUAAAUUUGGAUUGUUACCCAAACUUGUAGGAUUACUUAAUAAUGAGAACCACAAGAUGAUUGUGUUGUGUAUACUGUACCACGUUAGUAUGGAUGACAAGGCCAAAUCAAUGUUUACAUUUACAGAUUGUAUACCAAUUGCAAUGAAAUUGUUAUUAGAAAGUCCAGAAAAGACAGACAUUGAACUGUUAUCGUUGUGUAUAAACUUAGCCUCUAACAAAAGGAAUGCUCAAAUUAUUUGUGAAGGUCAAGGACUAAAAAUGUUAAUGAAGAGAGCUUUUAAAUUUAGAGACCCAUUGUUGAUGAAAAUGGUCAGAAAUAUCUCACAGCAUGACGGACCAACUAAAAAUUUGUUUGUUGACUACAUUAGUGAUUUAGCAGAAGCCAUGUUACAAGCAGACAAUGAUGAUUUUGGUGUGGAAGCACUAGGUAUUCUGGGUAACUUAACCAUACCUGACCUAGAUUAUGAACUUAUAAUCAGGGAAUACGAAUUGAUACCCUGGAUAAAGAGGAGACUUGAACCAGGAAGCGCUGAAGAUGAUAUUGUUUUAGAUGUUAUUAUAUUAGUGGGAACUGUGUGCAAUGAUGAUGCCUGUGCCAAACUGUUAGCAGAGUCUAACAUCAUACACUGUCUGAUUGAAUUACUAAAUGCCAAGCAGGAAGAUGAUGAGAUGGUUUGUCAGAUUGUUUAUGUGUUCUAUCAGAUGAUUUUCCAUGAAUCUACACGGGAAGUUAUCAUCAAAGAUACUCAGGCGCCUGCUUACCUUAUAGAUCUAAUGCAUGAUAAAAAUGCUGAAAUACGCAAAGUCUGUGAUAACACAUUGGACAUCAUAGCUGAAUUUGAUCCAGAAUGGGCAAAACGUAUACAGUUAGAGAAAUUCCGUUGGCAUAACUCUCAAUGGUUAGAUAUGAUUGAGACAAGACAAAUGGAUGAAAUGGCUGACCAGUAUUAUGGAGACGAAGGGGGGUACGAUCCUUAUCUACAAGAUACAGAUAUCCUGGACAGACCGGACCUGUUUUAUGGAGAUGCCUAUGAGAAUGGAUACAUUAUGGAUGGACAUUUAACACCAGAAUAUAUAGAUGAGAAUGGAAUGUAUGAUGGUCAACCCUAUGACGGUCAACCCUAUGAAGGCCAACCUUAUGAUGCCCAUGGACAGCCAUACAUGCCAUAUGGAUAUGAUGGUAUAGAUAUUCAGGAUGGAUAUGAACCUUAUGCCAGACCAGAGUCCAAUAUGGGUUUUAUAGAUGAGAGAUAUGCUGGGGCUGUAGACCAAUAUGGAAGACCAAUACAACAGGAGUAUGGAAUGUACCAAAAUGGUAAUGGUGAUGAAGAAGAUGAAUAUGACUUUGGUUAUGGCGGUUAUGAUCCACGAUAAACUUUGGAAAAGUUUUAAUUUAUUUAUAAUUUAACCAAGAUCAUAGAAGUGCACAUGACACAGGAUUUGAUUUAUAGGUGGAUUAAACCAGGGAUUUCAAUUAGAUAAACAAGGACCUAAUAAUAUGUUGGAUGUUACCAAACAUUUGAUAGAAUUUCCAGUUCCAUAUGUAAGCCAUUGGAUAAUCAUUUGUAACCUGAUUGAGUAGGAUAAAUGAAAGUAUUCCUAUUUUCUAUUUUUUUUUCUUUCUAAUUUUAGAAAAGUAUUACAAAAUCCAAGUCCUAGCAAAUGUUUAGCAUUUUUGACUUGGCUGGUUCUUCUGUGCACAAAUAUUUAGUAAAUGUUAUUUUCGUGGCUGAUUGUCAAAUUUUGCCCAUAUGUUCAUUUUUCAGAAAUUUUCCAUGUUUAAGUUUUGUCUCAUUAUAUUUACAACCAGUUUUAAAUUACAAUAUGGAAAGUACUAGCUUCGUCAUUAAGUCACACACAUAUUAUAAUGUAAUUUUGAUUGAACACAUGAUUUAUUUUGGAAUUGAUAUCAGUGUUUUAGCAACACCUUUUGCACAUGAUAUAUUUUCAUGAACACUCUUUCUGAGGGCUAGAUAAUUUAUUUUCAACCAAUCAUUGCUCAGAUGAUGCAUAAGAAAUUCACAGUUAAACAUUCAUUGUAUAAAUGAUAAUUGUUUUUAUUGCAUUGUUAGGUUGUUGUCUCAUUGAUAAAUAUCACAUUUCUCUUACUGAUCAUAUUUGUAGUAUCUGUACACAUUUUUGACAUUCCUCAAUGUUAUGAACUUUGAUCUGCAUAUUUUUACUUGUAAAGUGUAGAUUUUACUGUAAAAUGUUGUAAAAUACAUGAUAUUUUUUGUAAUUUUGUCUUGUAAAACCCAUUAUUUUUUAUUACAAUUUACAGCAAGCAAUCACAGAAAAAAACAUUUUUUAAAAACAUUUGCUGGUUUAUUCAUUCAAAAUUUUCAAUGAAGAUUCUAUCUCUCUGAAGGUUACAGCCUUUCACAAUAUGUUGUACUAAAUACCAGGGAAAUAUAAUUGAAUAGUUACAGAAACCUUGCUCUUUACUCAUGCCUGUUGUGCAUGGCUUCUUUAGAAACAAAGCAGUUUAGGUAUACAUUGUGUCUUUUGUCGUAUUUGUUAAAGAAUCUGUGAUUUAUAUAGUUUCCGUCCAACACUUUUUAGUUGCUGUAAUUUUUCUUUAUUUUUUAACUUAUUUGUUUAUCUAUUUACUGAAUUUACAUCAAUAAUUAAUAAAAGCUAGAAAAUA